AUGGCUGUUGCUUCCAUUAGUACGGCCUUCCUCCCCCUCUACAAACCCAUCAAAUCCUUCGUAUCCACUUCACAAACACCUAAAUUCUUCCCUAAAACCAAGCACAACGCUGACACCGGUAUCGUUCGGGCGGUUUCCAAGGAGCGAGACGUGAUUCCCGUACAGAGUAAUAACUUUACGGUUCAUCAAGUUGGUAUCCUGGUGAUUGAAAUUGAGAGGGAGGUUGAAGGUGGAAAAGACGUUCAAUUGAUUGGUGGGUUCGGUGGUAGUGAAGGAAGAUUGUCUUUUAAAGGUGGGUUUUCGUUUGCGAGCUCUUCCAGUGAUGGAAAUCAGGUAGUCGAAGGUGAAAAUAUCGAUAAAUUGAUCGAUAGAACCAGUAACGCCACCAUUGUUCUUGUCGCUGACACUUUCGGUAUUACCAAAUAG